GUAAGGGGUGUGUCAAGACUGCAGGGAUGCUUGCAGGUGCUAGCGGGUGCUCUCCGGAUGCUUGGACCAUGUAGAGGAUUGGUUUAAGGCCCCACGGUUUACAGGUGGGGCCCCCAAUAUGAGCGAGCUGCUGGUGAAGGAACUGGUGGCCAACACAGCCUACCUCAGGGCUCAGCAGCUGGACCAGAAUGAGCUGCUAAAGGAGAGACUUUCCCUCAAACUGCCCCUGCCGAAGAGCUUCUCAACUCUGCAAGAAGCAGAUGGAAAGCAGUACGAGUCACUUUGUGAGCAGCAGCCCAUCGGCAGGGAGUUGUUCCGGCAGUUUCUCCUCAGUUGUAACCCCCAGUACGCCGCCGCCGUUAAGUUCCUGGACGAGCUGGGAGAAAGCCACUUUGCCGAAGACGACGUUGAAGAAAACGCCAGGCGGAACCUCAUGGCUCAGUUCUGUAACCCUGAAUCUAGGAGCUUUCUGUCUUUUCUCAAAGCAGACCCUGGGGAUACAAGCAAGCGCUUAUCAAACUACAUUUUCGACGAGUCCUCGGUGAGCCACAUGAGAGAAGCCACAAGAGACUUCCUGCGAGGAAAACCUUUCUCGGAGUACCUGAGGAGUCCGUUCUUUUUCAGGUUUCUGCAGUGGAAGGAGUAUGAGCGACAGAAGAUUAGUGAUAAAUACUUUCGUGAGUUUCGGACAUUGGGGAAAGGUGGUUUUGGUGAGGUGUGUGCAGUGCAGGUGAAGACCACAGGAAAGAUGUACGCCUGCAAGAAGCUGGAAAAGAAACGCUUGAAGAAGAAAUGUGGCGAGAGGUUGGCCCUUCAGGAGAAGAAGAUCCUGGAGAAGGUUAACAGUCUUUUCAUUGUCAACCUGGCCUACGCCUACGAUAACAACACCCACUUGUGCCUGGUCAUGGACCUGAUGAAUGGAGGAGACCUCAGGUUCCACAUCUACGAACUCGGAGAGCGCGGUCUCCGCAUGGACCGCGUGGUUUACUACGCAGCUCAGAUGACCAUGGGCCUCCUUCACCUGCACUCCAUGAACAUCGUCUAUCGUGAUUUGAAGCCGGAGAACGUGCUGCUGGACGCUUAUGGCCAUUGUAAACUAUCUGAUCUCGGAUUGGCUGUCGAGCUGCCAAAUGGGAAAACGAUCUGCCAAAAGGCCGGUACAACCGGUUACAUGGCCCCCGAGAUCCUGAGGCAACAGUACUACAGUACAUCCGUGGACUGGUGGGCCCUGGGCUGCAGCAUCUACGAGAUGGUGGCCGCUCGCCUGCCUUUUCGAGAUUUCCGCGAAAAGGUGCAGAAGAGCGAGGUGACCCGCCGCACGCUUGAAGACCUGUGCAAGUUUCAUCACAAGGGAUUCGAUCCAGCUAGCAAAGACAUCAUCUGUUGCCUCCUUAAGAAAAAAGUAGCACAUCGCCUUGGAUGCCACAAAGGUGAUGACCCACGAAAACACCAAUUUUUCAAGAGCAUUAACUUUCCUCUCUUGGAGGCGCAGCGGUUGGAGCCCCCCUGGGUGCCCAAGCCCAACGUGGUGUACGCCAAAGACAUCGACAACUUCAACGACACUUCGGAAGUUGGAUACAUUGAACUAGAUGCCAAGGAUGAGAACUUCUUUAAGGAAUUCAGCACCGGUGCAGUCGCAGUCUCUUGGCAGAAGGAAAUGAUUGACAGUGGGUUGUUUGAGGAGCUCAACAAGCCAGAAAGGAACGGCCAUGGCCGAGCGAUGGCAUGGAACUCAAAGACGUGUGUCAUUUUAUAACACCCCCCAAAUAUGGGAUACUUGUACUUGAUACUGGUUUCAAAAAUAAUCUUUACACAAUAAGUCUGCCUACCUCUCAUAACUUUAAAACUGCAAUCCAUUCUCAUUUAACAGUUUGACUUCAAUCAGUCUUGUGCCAGCAGGUUAUCGACUGAUAUUCUAAUAAUUACCACUUCGUGAAAAAGCAUUUUUUACCGGCAUAUUAUUAGAAAUGGUUUUGUUUGCAGAGGAAAACCUUGGUGGAAACGUGCGUUUGUGUACUUUUCUGCAGCACUGCUGGAGUAAGUGCACUUUGCUUUGUUUACAGCGGAGUUCAAAUCGAAACAUGCAGUCGUAGUCUAUUACCAACUUUUGUGAAACGCUGUUAAAUCGCAGUUACGAUAAAUAUUUGUAUAAAGAACACUCCUAGGCCUUAAAAAAAAAAGUGCCUUCUUGUGCAGCGUAUGAUAAGCUAUUGCUCAAUCUUGUUCAUUUUAUACAGACACGGUUUGUAAUUAUAACCCCCGAAUUACAGUUUUGUCAGUCCUGUCAUAAA